GGGCCCUGUACCGCCUCCUCAUGCUGCUGCCAGGCCCGUAAUCUGCCAUGGGCCCCCUGUACCGCCUCCUCAUGCUGCUGCCAGGCCCGUAAUCUGCCAUGGGCCCCCGUACCGACUCCUCAUGCUGCUGCCAGGCCCGUAAUCUGUCAUGGGCCCCUGUACCGCCUCCUCAUGCUGCUGCCAGGUCCAGAGUGUGUCUCAUGGGUCCCUACGGCCUCCCAUUGCUGCUGUCUCCAUCGCCACACUCUGCCAUGUGCCACUUUCAGGUCUCCUCACACUGCUGGUGGGUUCCAUUUUGUCAUAGGGUGCUGGCAGAUUACGGGCCUCCCAUUGCUGCCAGCCUUAGGAUCCCGUAAUCUGCCAUGGGCCCCCGUACCGCCUCCCAUGCUGCUGCCA